UGGCGCUCGUUAACAGAAAAGAUGAUUGUUAAUCUGCCUGUAAAAGUGAGCCGCUGGGAAACUUCCUAAAAGUGAUCCAAAGAAAUGUAAAAGAAGAGCAACAACUUCAGGAGUUUCAUGUGAAGCGGACAGACUGCAGAUCCGCUCUGCGCCGCGGAGGGACCGAGCGUAUCCCGCGCGGUUGUUGCAGGUGGACCGCAGUCUACACUGGGAAAAGGGGUUUUUGUACAGGUAAACAGCAUUCACGCACGUGGGGGUGCGGGUGAGGUGCGGGGUCAGGCUCAACGGUGCAUGAACAGACAUACCCGCGCGCCUGCAAACUGGAACAUUUUGUUUGUGGUCACAGACUCUUUUGGGAGGAAGGGGGUGACGGGGGGGGGGUAGAGUGAGAGAGGGAGAGAGGGAGAGUCAGAGAGGGGGGAAGGCAGCAAAGCAUAGAAGAAAAGAAGAAAAGAGUGACGUAAAUCUCAUAAUGUCCCUCUUCUUCUGCUUUAACAAACUCGCGGCUGCACGCGGAUAAUGUCCGAGAAUGUCCAUUUCUGGGACCCUCAGCAACUAUUACGUGGACUCCAUCAUCAGUCACGACAGUGAUGAACUCUCGGGUCCGGCCCGCUUCUCCACCGUCCAGUACUCCUCUCCAAACUCUUCUGUGGCCGCGGGCGCGAGGCAGCCCGUGGCCGCUGCGCACGCGGAGCAUCCUCACUCCGACUCGUACCCGUCCUGCAGCUUCCAGCCCAAACCCCCGGUCUUCUCCCCGUCCUGGAGCCCGUUCAGUCCGCACCACGGCGCCGGCGCUCUCCCCGCCGUCUACCACCCGUACCUCCCGGCGCAGCACGUCCCCGCGGCGGCGGCGGACACGCGCUACCUCCGCUCAUGGCUGGACGCCGCUCCCCGCGACCCGGACUCCGUUCCGGGCCAGAGCCAGACCGGGCAGGUGAAGCUGGAGCCCCAGCUGGGACACCAAGGCGGGGACAUCCCGCUCAAAGUGAGCGUGCAGCACCCGCACGAGACCACCACGUACAUCCUGGACCCCGUGUCCACGGCGGCGCGCGAACUGAGCCACCAUCCGGCAGCCGUCCCGGGCCGGGGGUUCGAGGAGAGUAAGGAGGGAUGCGAGGGCAGCGAGGACAAAGACGGUCCGGAUCAAAAUGACCCUUCAGCCAACUGGCUGCAUGCGCGCUCCUCCAGGAAGAAGCGGUGCCCUUACACCAAAUACCAAACCCUGGAGCUGGAGAAGGAGUUCCUCUUCAACAUGUACCUCACGCGUGACCGGCGGCACGAGGUGGCGCGCGCGCUCAACCUGACCGAGCGCCAAGUGAAGAUUUGGUUUCAGAACCGACGGAUGAAAAUGAAGAAACAGAGCAAGGACCAGUCCAAGGAGUAGAGGCACUGUCGAGGAGCACGCGCACCCAUGCACACCCAGACGCACACGCACGCUCACGCCACGCAGAUGAUAAACCUGAAGCGCGUGUUUGCAAGCACAGAAAACAAAAGACCAAAACGCACAGCAGUUUGUUGGUGACGUCACGAGCGAAUCAUCCAUCCGGCAGGUGAGCAGGAGCAGCGCGCGCUCACAGUUGGAGAGUUCACCUGGCAUUUAUGGACUUCAGAGGUCAGGAGACGAACUUCUGGAGGCGCGCUCUCCUACUCCGACACCAUCCAUGAACAUCGACCUGAACCAAAUGUGAUGUUCACUGACAGAUCUGGAGAGUGGGACUUUGGAAAACUGAGAGGAGUGUAACCUCCACCCAGAAGGACUCUCUCUGCUCUCCGGGUGAAAGAAGAUUUUACGCACAGAUCGGGUUGUUUGAUGUUUGGGUGCAUCGCGAAGUGGUGGGAAAAGAAAAAAGAAAGAACAUUUCCUUUUCUUUUCUUUUUUUGAAGCACUUCCUUUAUUGGUUAUUUAUUGGCUCUGUUUUGGCAACGAUUGCGCGCGCGCAGGUGCUGAAACCGGAAUUUCAAAGGCCAUCAAUAUAGGAGAAGGAGCCACACAGGAUGAUAGGGAUCCCUAUUUUAUUCCCCCUCCACUGCGGUCGUUUGGCUCUCUGCUGUCACCGUUUGAUUAGGAAGCGGCCGGCCGCCGUUUGUUUCCCCGACUGUCGGCUUGAGUAAUGAGGCGCGGAGGAGGAGAGGGACCGGCGGGAGGAUCAACCAGCUCAGCAGCCGCGCGAAUCCGAUCAGGAUCGAUCAUGUCGGGGGUUUUGUGAGAUUCGAUGGGCGCUCACACACUCGUGCGUCAGCUUGCAUUCAAGUGGACACUUUCAAUAAAAACGCGUACAGCGCGUUUGCAUAGACUUUUUAUUGAAAGUGUCCGCUUAAAGCUCGCCGACGCACGUUUUGACUCCAUCCACGCCUCUGACAGGCGUUUAAUAUCCCGCAGACCAUCUUCUGAUAAACCCAACUCUUCAUUCACUUCAUCAUCAUCUUCAUCCAACAGAAAAUCUAAUUUUUUUACAUUAUGUGCCACUAAAAUAUCUAUUUUUCAUACUUACACGAGGUGAUACCUGCUAUGCAAAGCGGAUUUGUUUCAUUUCAGGAAGUGCACGUGCACUUUUUUUUCCAACAAAACCCCUCUUUUCACUCCGUGGUUCUUCCGUCUUCUCACAGGACAGCGCGUUCUCGCUCACGAGGAAAAUGUUUACAGUUUGCGCAUGCCCGAAGCACGCGUUGUUUUGAUGCUUAUUCCCAAGAGCUGAUGGGACUUCUGAAAAUGAUAUUGGAAAAUAAGACAGAACUUUCUUGAUAUGAAGUAUUUCUAAUUUAUUGUACAUAUUUCUUAUCGGAAUGAGUUGAAGAUCUUGUUUUUAUAGUCUGUUGACAUGUUAUCUGACUUCUUUAGAUGAGUUCGUUCGCUGUUUGAAGCUGUUUUCAGUGUCGUUAUUGUCUAAAUGUUUAUUAUUUGUAUGACAGGAAUAGCAUCUCUAACCCAUCUGGUCCCGGUCCAGGCCUUCCUGUGUGUCCUCUGUGUUUGUCUCUUGUAACUUUGUGCUGCUGAUGCUGGACUCUUAUUAUUAAAGCGAGACUUUACCGCA